CCCCAUCCCCGGCUGUCCCAGUCCCUGGAGGACUGCCCGCUGGACGAGGAUGAAGAUGCCUUCCAGGCCCUGGGGGAGGAGGAUGAAGACAUCGACCAGUUCAACGAUGACACCUUUGGGGCCGGGGCCGUCGAUGAUGACUGGCAGGAGGCCCACGAGCGGUUGGCGGAGCUGGAGGAUAAGGCCGGGUCGAGCCGGGAGCCGGACGGUCCCAUUGGGAACGACGGGGAUGUUCUGGGUGAUCCCGAGGACGCGCUGGCCGAGCGGCUCACGCGACUUGUCAUCGACAGCGAGCUGGAGGACCCGGCCAUCAUGCAGGCCGUGCACACCAGGGACCCCCCGCAGCAGCCUGGAGGGCUGAAUUCCAGCAUCUGGGACAGUUCAGCUGUGCUGCGGCGCAUCCGGGGGCCGCUCCUCGCUCAGGAGAUGCCACCCGUGUCCGUGCUGGAUUAUGCCCUUCCCCAGAGGCCUCUGCAGGCUCGGGAUGAGGAGCGGGAUCCAUCGGAGCGGGCGCUGCCCCGGCGCUCCUCGUCCCCCAUCAUCGGCAGCCCCCCGGUCCGGGCCGUUCCCAUCGGCACCCCCCCGAAACAGGCCGCCAUCCCAAACUUCAACCAGCAGAUCCUGUGUCCCAAGCCUGUCCACAUCCGAGCUACCAUGCAGCAGCGUUAUCCCACUCCCUAUGGAGAGAGGAUGUCCCCCAACCAGCUCUGCAAUGUUCCGAAUUCCUCCCUCCUGGGCCACCCGUUCCCCCACAGUGUCCCUCCCGUUCUCACGCACCUGCAGAGAGCCCAGCUGCUUGGAGGAGCCCAGGCCGGCCGAAUGUCCCCCAGCCAGUUUGCCCGGGUGUCCGGGCUGGUGGGGAGCCCGCUGCCCUCCGUGAAUCCCAAGCUGCUCCAGGGCAGAGUUGGGCAGAUGAUGUCCACAGCCGGUGGGUUCCGUGCCUUUUUCGGGGCUCCCCCUGCCCCGCCCCCCUCGCAGCUGCCGCACCCUCCGGGCCCCGGAUCCCACCUGCAGAACCUGAGGCCGCAGACCCAGAUGUUCCGGCCGGACACGACCCAUUUGCACCCCCAGCACCGCCGGCUCCUGCACCAGCGGCAGCAGCAGAACCGGAACCAGCACCGGAGCCUCAACGGCUCCGGGGGGGACCGAGGGGGCCACCGGAGCAGCCAUCAGGAGCAGAUCCGUAAGGAUCCCUAUGCCAACCUCAUGCUGCAGCGGGAAAAGGACUGGGUGUCCAAGAUCCAGAUGAUGCAGCUGCAAAGCACUGAUCCCUACCUGGAUGAUUAUUAUUAUCAGGAAUGGGGGAUUGUCAGACAAUGCUGGGAAAAGCCAGACUUGGAGCAGAAUUACUUCCAGAAGCUGGAGAAGUUGGCAGCAGCUGAGGAAGUGCACGGUGAUGGUCCCAAGAAGGAGCGCACUAAACUCAUCACCCCACAGGUGGCCAAGCUGGAGCACACCUACAAGCCAGUGCAGUUUGAGGGCUCGCUAGGAAAGCUCACCGUCUCCAGUGUCAACAACCCCCGGAAGAUGAUCGACGCCGUGGUGACGUCCCGCAGCGAGGAUGAUGAGACAAAGGAGAAGCAGGUCCGGGAUAAGAGGCGACAGACCCUCGUCACCAUCGAGAAGACGUACAGCCUCCUCCUGGACGUGGAGGACUACGAGCGCCGCUACCUCCUGAGCCUGGAAGGGGAGCGGCCAGCCCUGAUGGGAGAAAGGAAGCAGAAGAUCUGUGACAUGUACGACAAUCUGAGGGGGAAGGCACCUGGGCAGGACAGGCCGAGCGAUGACCACUUCAUGCAGAUCAUGUGCAUCCGGAAAGGAAAGCGCCUGGUGGCCCGGAUCCUCCCCUUCCUGGCUCCAGAGCAAGCGGCCGACGUGCUCAUGGCCACGGCCAGGAACCUGCCCUUCCUCAUCAAGAAGGAUGCUCAGGAUGAGGUGCUUCCCUGCCUCUUGAGGCCCUUUUCCCACGUCCUCUACCACCUUCCCUUGGGAACAGUCACCAGCCUUGUGCAGCAGCUCACGAACCUACCUCAGAGCGCCGCCGCUCCCACCAACCUGCACCUCACUGCUGUGCUCCAAAACAAGUUUGGUCUGUCCCUGCUGUACCUGGUUCUGAGCCGAGGGGAGGAAUUGCAGAGCUCAGACACAAACACGGAGCUGAUGCAGGACAACCAAUGGACAGAGCUGAUGCUGAUGGCAACCCGGGAGCUCCUGCGGAUCCCUCAGGGAGCUUUGGCAAAGCCCGUGUCCAUCCCCUCCAACUUGAUCUCCCUCUUCUCUCGCUAUGUUGACCAGCAGAAGCUGAACCUGCUGGAGACAAAAUUGCACUUAGUGCAGGGGAUCCGGUAGAUCUCCGUGGCUCCUCGCCACCACCGGAAUGUUCCAGAGGAAGGAUGGAAGGAAGGAAGGAAGGAUGGAUGGAGGGCACACGGUUCACCCCACACUUCCCCCGACACCCGGCCUGGCACAUGGGGCACAUCUGCCCUCCAGUCCCUGGAUCAGCAGGAAGAGGGGGUUGUUUGGCUGCUCCCCCCCCCCCCCCCC